CGAUGAGGCCUACGCAUGCAACCUUCUGGGCAAUGACCAUUCAUGAGCUCUCGACCCAUGCCGAUUAUGUAUUAUCAUCCACUUAGGACACUGGUGACUCAUGAGGAUUGGAUAUGAAGAAAACCGGAGUUUUGAAAGGUUCACUUUUGAAAGCUCCUCGCAGAGAUAGCUCUGAUUCAGAGAAUCUCGGAACCCUUCUGAGUCCAAGCCACUCGAUUGACCUAGGAAUACAGAGUGUCAGGAAGCCACGGGUCUCCCAGCCGUUCUGGAACUUUGCCCAAGAAACGCUGGUUAACUACUCCUUUGGGACAUGUCAACAAAGGAAGCUCUUUCCUCACUCCUAUCCCCCCAACUUUUUGGGGAACAAGUUUCUCCCUCUUAGGGGAGCACCCCACAGAGGGCCUGGAUGUUACACUGCGGAAAACAGGUAUGACUGGGUAUACAACCUCUCUAAGAUCCCGACCAGCAGAAAAGGAUAUUCUUUUGGAGCCAGAACAGCCGCGAGGUUUAAGCCAAUCAACAAGGAUGUGACACCACACCCAGGCACGUACCAGACAGUGAGUCUUCAGGAGCGAAAUGUCAAGCAAAAUUUUGCUCCAUUUAAUGUCAUGUUGCCUCGAUUUGGGACAUACUCAAGGGACAAGUAUCGUCCUGGCCCUGGCACGUACAACCCAGAGAUAAGGCCACCCCCCAAAGUCGCCUGGCCAAUGAAAUUUGGAUCUCCAGACUGGGCUCAGGUUCCAAGUCUACAGAAAAGAACCCUAAAAGCUGAGCUGCCCACGGACAAGGACUUCAGAAGACACCGGAACCGCUUGGCCUACUUGCGCCUGUUUUACAAUUGAGGAGCUGGGACUUCCUUCACGAGCUGCUCCUGACCACAGAGUCUCCUGGGUGGAGGACAGAGCUGCUCCUCCGCCUCUGCGUAGCUGCAGUCCCCUCGUCUGCCACAGGGGGCCCAGGGAGAGGCCGGGGGCUCAUACCUACAUGUGAGAGCAUAAAGACGGUUCAGAACA